UACAUAAUGUAUGUGUUUGUUUACCAAAACAAGGAGAGAUUUGGCUAGAAAUUAUAACCAAUUGUCAAUACUAAUAGUUGACUCGCUUAAUCACUGACGACUCAACAUGAGUUGUUGACAUGACUGGCAUCCAACAUGAUAGCCAACUUUUAUUAAUUUUUUCUAAUUUUUUAUAAAUUUUGAUGGUAUGGCAUACACAUAAUCAAUUUAUGAUGUGUCACUAAUAGUUAAAUUAGUUGCUCAUCAACUCAUAAAUCAGGCAAAACAUGUCUAGUAUUUUAAAAACAAUAAGGAUGACAAUUUGAAAAGAUUUGAAUUUGGGACCUUAAGAUUCAAGUCAAGUGGUACUACCACUAGGCCAAGCCGUUCACAUAUUAAAUUAUGUUUUUAUUCAAAGAUAUUAAAUUGUGUCUUAGGGUUGUCAAUGUCACUUCCCACAUCCUUGCCAUCCAUCCCCCGGCAGGCAAUCCUACGGUGUGUAAUAAGAAGGGGCAAAGACAGAACCACCACACUGGAUCAAACCAUCAUAUUUUGUUGCUGACGUGACUUGAGUUUGAAAAGGGAAGGAAUUGGGUGGGAGAGAGAAAUUAGUCGGCUUCCUCUCUUUUCGUCUCCCAGAACUGUUUUGUCUUCCAAAACCAUUUCCUUCUCCCACAACCCCUCCUUCCAUCGACUCUGAUAAGCUUUCUUUGACGUUUGUUUUUGUUUCGUUCUCCCAUCUCCCCUAGUGUCGGUGUUGAGAGCUAAAACCUGGUGGUGUGGUGAACCCGCAAACCUAAACAUUAACUCAGGUAAAUUUCCCCCUUCACUUCAUCUUGUUUCCCACCAUGCCAUUAAUUCUUCUUUGAAAACCAUUCAUCUUCCCUUCGUUCUUGCAAUCGUCUUCUCCUUAGAUUCCCUUUCUUUGUAUUCGGUGGUGUUUCUUCUUUUUCCCUUUUGUAAUAAAAGAUCUAACUAAGCUUGUUUUCUCGUUUCCCCCUUUUGAAAAGUUGGCCUCCGUUCACUCAAUCUAAAGAUGGCUUCCGUUAUUAAGGGAUAAUGAGUUUCCAAGAACCAUCAUAGUUGGUUGGAGCUAUAAUCUAAAGGAGAGAGAUUUAUUUAUAUCAAUCUAAAGAAUUAUAGGAGACUGUCUGUCUAUAAUUUGUGCAUAAUCAAGUGGGACUGUCCACGAAUAUGAAUGAAUGAUACAUAUGUUUUGAAAUAUUUCUCCGGUGUGCUAUACAUGUAUCAUCUUUCCUUUUUUAAAUUGUGUACUAUUGUCCAGAAAGCUCUCGGAUGGAUUGUUCGUCUAUGUUGCAUUUCUCCUUAACUCAUCCGAACAAUUGUUUCUCAUGUAUUUAUCUAUUUGUCAAAUUGUUAGUUAUUGAUGAAUUUGCCCAAAAAAAGAAAAGCAAAAUGCAUUAUUGGUGUGUACCUAUUCUGUCCAUCUCUCGGGUUUGAAAAGGGAAGGAAUUAGCAGUCUGUUAGACAUCAUCCACGGUGAAUGUCAGUUGUCCAUAAUGUUCCAUUGCUAUAGACAUUAACUCCACAUCAAAGUGGGUAACAAUCCAAUUCAGCAAAGUCAUGUCAACCAUUACUUUUUGAGUUCCAAUACACACCCAAGCCCAAUCUUCUUGAGAAGAGCCUACCUCUCAUCCCAUGAAACCCUCGCUAUUUUUGACAUGAAAAGAUCAAAGUAUAUCUCAUAUUGUCCAAACUUCUGUUAGCCCAUGUUGCUUGUGUGCUUACUGACACAACCGCAUUAUAUCAUUUCAAAGGUGUCACACACACACACACUAUAUAUAUAUAUAUAUAUGGGUCACGCUCGUAUGCUCCUGCCACGUAGCAUGCCAGAUUUUUCACACCGUUGAUUUAAUCUGAUGUCCUUUAAUAAAUAUGAUAAUAUUCUCUAUAAUUUACAAAUUAAAGAAUUAAUUGAUACUUUUACAUUUUCAUACGUUGUCUUUAACCCCCACAAAUUUUUUCAUUUAUUUUCAUAAUACAGUACCUAAUUCAUUUUAAUCAUAACUUAAAGACACCUAAUUUCGUAAUUGGGUGCAAAAUCUAAAACAACAUUUUUCGUAUCUAUUUUAGUUUCUCCCCACAAACAGUGGUCAUUUCAACUUCAAAACCCCUUCCCAGCCAUGACCCAUCGUCGAACCCUCUCCUCCCCACAAUAAAUUUCUUGCUUCGAUUGUGAAAAUAUGAGUUCAUAUCUACGUUUUACAAAAUUCCGAGGGUGUACGGCAGCUGCAAUGGCUCUGUCCCGACGUCUGAACUCUGAUCUGAAUAAUCGAUGAAACAAUAACUUCCUUCUUAAGCCAAAGAACCCAAAAUCGAAAUACAAGUAUACAACCAUCUAAUCAAAAGUCAAAACACAAUCGUUUAACGAUAGCUUUAGCAACGCGCUUCAUUGACGAUAGGCUAUCCAUUCUCCUCCGCGUGGUUUCCGUCCGGAAUCAUGUUUUCACGGAGACGUGGUUUGUGGCGGCGGCGAGCUGCGUGAAUAGGGAUGGCAAUUUUGCCCAUACCCAUGGGUAUUAUCCAACCCAAUUGGGUUGGGUAUGGAUUCCAAAUAAAUGGUAGAUGGGUAGAGUUAGAUGGAUUUGUACCCAUACCCAUUUACUUGGGUUGGGUUGGGUUUUUAACACAUGAAUUUGGGUUUGUACCCAUGCCCAAAGGCAAAUUACAGUUUGGUACCUAAACUUAAUAGAUAUGCAUAUUUAGUAUUUUUUUGCAUCUAAGUCCUCAAAAUAUUGAUGGAAAAUUACAUUUUAGUACCUAAAAUUUUUUGGUCUUAUAUUUUGGUACCUAAACUUUUUGAGUUUUACAAAUAGGUCCAAUUUUUCUGUGUGUAGUUAAAACACCCUCAAGUAAAUGGAUAUCCAUAUCCAACCCAUACCCAUUUACAUAAUGAAAGCAAUAUCCAUACCUAACCCAAACCCAUCUACAAACCCCCCAAACCCAUAUACACUUCAUCCAAACCCUACCCAUACUAAAUGGAUCUAUUUGGAUUUGGGUAAAAUUACCCAUGGGUGGGUAAUUGCCAUCCCUAUGCGUGAACCGAUGAAUCUUAUGAGAAGAGGCUUCUGGAGGAGAAAACCAGAGUAUCGAAUUCAUCUCGUUCCAAUUUUGUGAUACCUACCAGCUCGCUUCGUCAACGCAAAACUAGCCUGCAAUUUGGGAGCAGAUUUGUCUGGAAUCGCUACAUUCCCUUCACUGGUAUGGUAUCACUGCCGAGACCCAGACACCCAUAAACUGAAUUCCAAUCUAGAAGUGGUUUCAAGCUUGAGAUCGAAACAAUUGCACAGCAGAGGGGUUAAAAGAAACUCUGGAAAACAGAAUAGGAGAGCCAAUUAUUUUUAACAAAUCGUGGGUUUGGAGGUGGUGAUGUGUUUUGGUUUGGGAACAUGAAAAUAGUUUAAUUGGACAAAUCUUUAACAAUGGGUACUUAAACCUACAUAGGUACGAAAUAAGAUAGUUCAACAGUAAAAUCAAUGGUUAAAAUUGUUGGAGGACUAUAAUGUAUGUAUAUUUAUCUAAGGGUACUAAUAAUUAUUGAUAAAUAAUAAAUUAAAUCAUAUUUAAUAACAGACGUUAGAUUAGAUCAACGGUGCAAAAUCCUGGAGCAUGCUAUGUGUCACGAACAUACGAGUCGUAUCCAUAUAUAUAUAUAUAUAUAUAUAUAUAUAUAUAUAUAUAUAUAUAUAUAUAUAUUUUCAAACUCCAACUCAAUCCAAGAAGUUAGAUAGAUCUGAUUGGCUCCCUCCUUUAACCCCUCUCUCUCUCUCUCUCUCCCUUCCUCUCUUUUACCUGCAACAAAUGUCUGAUAGUGAAGUCCCGGGGGUAGAGAGUGUAAUUUUCUUGGAGUAGUUGAGUUUAAUAAAUGUUGUGAGGAUUGUAUUUAUACUCAUAAACCAAUGGUGGGAGCAUUUAAUGUAGUGUCAAGCGCCCUGUAGACGUCUUUCCUUCCUCUGGCUUCCUUUGGCGGUAAUUAAUGUUGUGACAAGCGAGUAUCAAGUCAAGUGGAUUGUGUGAUCUAGCCAUGUGAGUAACAAAGGCGUUAAGGGAGAAUGGCCCGAUGUGGAUGCAUUCACCCAAAGCGUGUUGUGGAGAUCGCCUUUCCUAUAAUACUUCCACGUGCUUAAGGAGUUGUGGGCUCAUCACUUUAUCCAAUAGAAGGACAUUCGUCUCUGCACAAGAGAGGGGGAAUUUUUCUGAAAGCGUUGAAACUUCACACUGCGCCCUGUAGUACCACUAACCUUGGUCACAACCCUCGAUUCAACGCUGGAUUUUUCCUUACCACCGACCAUCGCACAACCAUGGUCCUUGCCUUAGUCGUUCUACCUUCCUUGCGUUCUCAACUCGUAGUCCUUCCAUUUUUCAUGUGGUUUGAUCUCAUUUAUUUUCUCCGUCAGGUUACUAUGGAGCAUUUCAGUGAUCUUCCAGACGAAAUCAUCCAUCACAUCCUCUCAUUUUGGAAGGACAACAUCGACAAUGUGAUGUGUGUUAGCCCCAGAUUCUACAAAAUCCUGCAUCAUAACUCGGUCAUCACCUCCACCUGCCUACAUCGAUGCUCGCGGCUCUAUGUGUUUACUAAACCUCAAUGUCUUCGUGAAGCAGUCACACCAGUGUCAAAUGCGCAUACCCGUUUUGUUGCUGUUGAGGAAAAUUGAGGAGGGAGACCGAAAGCUAGGCAGCUUAUCAAAGCUCGGCAGUUGAUUAGUCACAGCUUUUGAUCCUUUGAUCAACUCCGCUGCGCAAAAUCUACCUCCUAUGAGCAAGAAGAUAGCGAUGUACUCGUCCGCUUUCUAUGUUGUCUGUAGUAUCCUCCGCCAUGUGGUUGACGAGGAGGUCAGGCCAUGGAUCUAGUUCUCCACCAUGUAACCCUAUGCGUCUUUCUUCCUCCUCCAGACAAACUCGCCUCCGCUCGAGAUUUGAGCCGGCAGCAGCAUCGAGCUAGUAAUACAAUCCUCCCUAGGGCAACACAAUGGUGGUAAUAAUUGCUCAGUUUUAGGGAAAGGAAUCGACGGGGACCAAGACAGGAUCGGCAGAGUCAGGGGGCUCGAUGGUGGAGAGGGUGAAGAGACCAAGAUCAUGCAGACGGGACAAAGAAGGGGGAGGGACGGAAAAGGGAAGGGCAGUUACCAAAAUAAUCUUAUUAAAAAUGUUAGUAGGGUACUAACACUAUAGUGUGUUAUCAUCCUAUAUGCACCUAUUUAACAAAAGGAAACAAUAAUACACUUCUUUCAAAAUAUCUUGAUGAGUCUUUUUAUCUUUUAUGAAAAUUUAUAAAAAUAUAUUUGUUAUAUACAAUGUUCAAUAAAUGUAUUUCAAUAACAAAUCAUUCACAGACUGAUGCUUAU